AACACGGCGAGGAUAAAGCAAGAUGGCGUCUGACGGUGAAGACGUUAUUGCAGUCGUCACAGUUCAGUGUUCUUAAUCUGUGCGUCCAUGUACACAUAUAUGUCCUUUAUUAGACUCUAUUAAAUAACGUAAACAUCGUUAACAACUGUUUGCAUCCGGUUAUAUUAGUCUGAGCGCACUUUGAUGCUUCGCGAGUUAGCUUAGCUUGUUAGCUGCUAACAAAGAGAGGCGGAAGUGAUCAAAACACAUCGCUAAGCAGAGAUCAAUUGUGAGUGUAAAGUGUUGUGAUUGUGUGAAAAUGUGCGAAAGAACGAUAGCAGAGUACGAGGAGGAACUUUGUCCAACAAAAGCGGAGAAGGAGCGACAACCUCAAAAACAUCAAGUUGUGUUACACAGAACAGACAUCCAUCAGCUGAUUGAACACCAAGAAGAAUGUUUCCCUCAUCUGCAGGGGGACAGUUUCACUUUAGAGGAUCCACAGCACUCACAUUUUAAAGGGGACGAGGAGGAUCUACAGCCCCCUUAUUUUAAAGAGGAAGAGGAGGGAGAGUGCCCUUCAGGGCAGGAGGAGGCUGAUCUCAGCAAGUUUCCACUGACUGUUGUCUCUGUGAAGACCGAAGACCAUGAAUACAAACCACCUGAGUCCUCACAGCUUCAUCACAGUCCAAAACAUCUUCUCCCUGAGCAACAGAAGUGGAGCUUCAGGAUGGAGCCACAGCCCUCCCACAUUAAAAAGGAAGAGAAACACCCACUGAUCCCCCAUUUUACAAAGGAAGAGGAUGACCCACUGACCACUCACAUCAAAGAGGAAGAGGAGGACCCACUGAUCCCCCAUUUUAAAAAGAAAGAGGAGGACCCACUGACACCCCAUUUUAAAGAGGAAGCGAUGGAUCCACUGAGCCCUCACAUUAAGGAGGAAGAGGAGGACCCACUGAGCCCUCACAUUAAUGAAGACCCACUGACCCUUCACAUUAAAGAGGAAGAGGAGGACCCACUGACCCCUCACAUUAAAGAGGAAUGGGAGGACCCACUGAGCCCUCACAUUAAAGAGGAAGACCCACUGACCCCUCACAUCAAAGAGAAAGAGGAAGACCCACUUACACCCUAUUUUAAAGAGGAAGAAGAGGACCCACUGACCCUUCACAUUAAAGAAGAAGAGGAGGAACACAGCAUCAGUCAGCAGGGAAAGCGUCUUGAAGGACUGGAGGAGGUUGAUGUCACCAGGAUGCCAGUGACUGGUGUCCCUGUAAAGAGUGAAGAUGAUGAGGUCAAAAGUGAAAGUGAGGAGAAGAGAGAGGCGGAGCCUCCAAGCAGCAGCUCAACUCAACACAUGACAACAGAAGCUGAUGGAGACCACUGUGGAGGAUCACAAGCAGACAAGCUCUUAGCUCCAAUAUCAGAUAGUGACGACACAACGUCACAUUCUCCUGACACUGAUGAUGAAGACUCUAAAGAUGAUAAGACAUGUCACACUGACAACACACACUUCACAUGCUCUCACUGUGACAAAACUUUUAGUUACCGUGGUAAUCUGAAAGUGCACAUGAGAAUACACACUGGAGAAAAACCUUUUUCCUGUUCAAUCUGCAGUAAAUAUUUUGCUCGAAGGCACGAUUUGAAAACACACAUGAGUACACACACUGGAGAAAAACCUUUUACAUGUUCAAUCUGCAGUAAAGAUUUUGCUCGAAGGAACUAUUUGAAAACACACAUGAGUACACACACUGUAGAAAAACCUUUUACAUGUUCAAUCUGCAGUAAAGAUUUCACUCGAAGGCAGUAUUUGAAAACACACAUGAGAAUACACACUGGAGAAAAACCCUUUUCCUGCUCAGAAUGUGGAAAAAGUUUUGGAACAAAUACAAAUUUACAAUUACACAUGAGAACCCACACUGGAGGAAAACCCUUUUCGUGUUCAAUCUGUGGUAAAGAUUUUACUCACAGUCACCAUUUGAAAACACACAUGAGAAUACACACUGGAGAAAAACCAUUUUCCUGCUCAGAAUGUGGAAAAAGUUUUGUAACAAAUACAAAUUUAAAUUUACAUAUGAGAACCCACACUGGAGGAAAACCUUUUUCAUGUUCAAUCUGCAGUAAAGAUUUUACUCGCAGUCACCAUUUGAAAGCACACAUGAGAAUACACACUGGGGAAAAACCUUUUUCCUGCUCAGAAUGUGGUAAAGCUUUUGGACGAAGAAGCACUUUGAAAGUACACAUGAGAACUCACACUGGAGGAAAAAAAAAUAUUGUUCAAUCUGAGGGAAAGGUUUUGUAAAAAUUCAGUGUUUAAAAGAACACACACUGGAGAAAAACGUUGUUCCUGCUAAUAACGUGGUAAAGCUUUUGUUCGAAGAAGCCCUUUGAAAGUACACAUGAGAACACACACUGGAGAAAAGUCUUAUACAUGUUCAGUAUGUUGUAAAAGUUUUAUACAAAGUCUGCAGUUGAAAGUACACAUUAGACUACACACAGGUGAGAAAGUGUUGAGUUGCAGUGUGUGUGGUAAAAGAUUAUCUUCUAAGUACCAGUGUAAUAAGCACAAGUGUGCUGGUGAGAAAAGCAGCAGCAAAUGAAGAUGCAGGAUUUGAAAUAAACUGUCAAAACUUUAACUUUGACCUUCUAACAAUAUCAGCACAUAGAUGCUAACAUUUAUAGAUUACAUAUUUUAGAUUAUUGCUUUUUUUCCCAGUCAAGUACAUGUUUUAAUAUACAACUUUGUGUACUUUUAUUUAAAAAUGAACACAAAACUUUGACUGUAAAGGUGAAAAUAAACAGGACAAAACAUGAUACAAAUACUUUUUAUGUGUAUAGAGAUAUUCAAAAAUAAUUUUUAAUUAUUAGUGAUGUUAUAGAUUAACUCCUUUAUAUGAUGUACAUAUUUGUUUACAUUUGUUCAUGCCUUUGCUUUUGAGUACCCAUAAAUCCCUCUUAGUUAAUAUUUACUGGUUCGCAUCUGAAACAUCUUCUGGACCACUUCUGGAAGCAUAUUAUUAUUUACUUUAUACAUCAUUUGAGCAGUUGUCUUUUAUACAAUAUCAUUUACUUUUAAAAUGUAUGACUCUGAAUCAUUGGUUGGGUCUCAAUAAUCCAUUCUUUUAAUUACCUUUAUUACUCUCUUUUGUAAUAUUAAUAUUGUUUUAUAUGUAUCUCCCCUUUAUGCAAUAUGUAGAUUAGAGAAAAUGGCAACAUUAUAUGUGGAAGGUUAUGAAGGAUAGUUUUGUUUUUAAUCUGCAUUUCUUAUUAAAAAAACUACACAUGACAGUUGUUAUUCCCCCCUUUUUAGAAUCCCUCAAUUAUUAUCAAUUUCAGAAAACAUGGGAAAGUUUGGGAUGUUAGGGAAAAGUGAAUAAUGUACAUCAUCCCACAGAGCUUUACUGUACAUCCAUCCAUUUUUUCUACCACUUGUCCCUUUCAUUUUACGUGUAUAGCCUUUAUUCACAAACUUGUCCGCCAAAGGGUGUUGCGUUUUGGAGAAACUCCUUGUCAGAGUGCUGUUCAACACAGGAAAGAGAAACCCAAGGAUGCACAGGACGCUGAGUAAAGCGCCUCUUUUACUGCGGAAAUCUACUCACAAAAACAAUCCAAACAGGAGGUAACAAAAAGCGACGGUACGAAAAAGAGAAGACAAAAUGUGCAUUGUAGAAAAAAGAACAAAAGCUACUUAUAUACAAAAAUAAACUCAACUUGUUUUGGAGUUACAAGACAUGCACACUACAAAACAACACCAAGAUGGAUGGCACUGGGAAUGGCCAAGGUAGCAAAAUACUCAAAGCAUAAAAUCAACUGGAGUGGAGUGGAAUCGCCGAGUGCCAUCCAGCUGUCAAGGUGCUGCUUAAGUAGCACCAGGGUCAAUUGGAAGCAGCUUUGCACGUCCCACAACUCCGCCCACAAGGGCAACACAGGAACUCUAGGAGGAAGGAGAAAUGUAAGAACAAGGUCAACUGCACCAAAAGAGGAAAACUGACAAUACAAACCACAGGCGGUAACAACUUCCCUCAAAUUAAUUUGGAAAAAAAUGGACAGAGCAUAAGAGAUAAAUCAUCACAAAUAAAGUUAAAUCUUUCAAAAAGUU